AUGAAUAUUAGCCGACAACUACUUCGGCGGCCACUGAUUGGUGGCCAACACGUGGCGGGCGGGGGUCUGGCGGGUGUGGUUCAGGUCCGCUACGCCCGGAGUAUAAAGCCGUGGAAUAUCGGUCCGGAGGGCGCGUGGAAGCAGUUGCGGGGCAAGAAAGUGAUCAAGGUGGAGUUGCCCGACUUCAACGAGAUCCGAUUGGACGCCAAACUGACGCCCGAAGAGGUGCGCUCUCGCAUGAAGGAGAAGGGAGUGGCGCCGCCCCGGCUCUACACCGAGAGGGAUAUGUUUCUCACGGCAACCAACGGAGUGCUCGACCCCUUCGUCCCGCCCGAAGGCGACGGCAAACACUCCAUCAUUUCCGGAUCAGGUGCGAAACAGCGUUACGAUGCGGUGACGAAGAAGGGCCGGUCGUUUCUGGCGCUGCGAAAGAUCCGCACCUACGAUGACGACCUGGAUGUGCCCACUUUCGCACAGCAGGCGCUCGACAUCUACAUUAAGGCACACCGAGCGCUGGCCGAUCGCGACUACGACCGACUCAUGGAUUACGUGACCGAAAACGCUUUCCCGCAGAUGACCCAUAAGGCCAACCAGAAGACCAUCAAAUGGCAGUUCGUGUCCGCCAUCGAGAAGCCCAUUGUAUCGCACAUACGAACGCUGGAUAUGUUGUCUAAAAACAAUCUGUUCGGUCAGAUGACUGUCCGACUCCACACCCGACAGAUUCUGGCCGUUUACGACCGGUUCGGCAUUUUAAUGCACGGCAGCGAAGCCGUCGUCAAGGAUGUGCUCGAGUACGUGGUGUUUGAGAAACAUGUGGCCAAUCUAUACGGCAAAUGGAGAGUUCACGCGAAGUUAAUACCCGAUUGGAUGCCACCGAAAGAGCCGAUUCGACGCACGUUUGUGGCGCCGCCGAAACUGCCGCCGAAGUCGGAGCGGGAGAUACUGUUUGAAAAGGAGGGCAUUAUGUCUGACCAGAAGAAGGCCGACAAGAAGGAGAAGGAGAAGCAGAAGAAGUUAGACCAACAGAAGAAGGACGGCGGCGGCGGUGACGGCCCGCAGCCGGCACUCGCCUAA